GGUGCGGAUAUGGGCACGUCGGGAAGAGGCGCAGACAGCGGCGGUGAAUGGGUAGCGGCGUCGGAGCUAGAUCGUGUGCUGGCAGACUACGAGACCCUCCGGGCGCAGACCUCCCAGCACGUUGAGGACCUCAGGAGGCGCCAGAACGCCCUCCUGGAGGCCGCAUGGGCCGACUGCGAACAGCUCAAGCAAACUCUGCAAGGUGCACUCAUCAACCGACCAAACCCGCACAGGCGAUGAAUGUCAUCUAUGCGUCUGUGUGUUUGUGUGCAUGUGUCGUGGCAGAUGAGCGCAUUGCCGCGGAGAGCAAGGCGGCCCUCAUCGAGUCGCUGCGCCACGAGAUCAUGCGGCUGCGGACGACCACCCGAGAUCUGCAUAUGGAGGGCAGUGGCAGCCCUUCACCACGACCAUCACGCCCAGCAGCUGCACGAGCGCGAAGCCUCUCGCCGUCAGAGAGGCGGCGCGGCGUUGGGGUGGUGGGUGAGGAGAGGGACUAUGAGCAGAUGAAGGAGGACCUGUCGGCCAUGAUCCGGCUGAAUGGCGAGUGGAUGGGGAAGCUGCUGCGGCUGGGCGCCGUGGUGCAGUGCUACCAGCAGUGGACGCAGGACAUCAGGUGAAUGAAAACUCGCGGGAUGGAUGGAUGGAUUCAUGGAUGGAUGGAUGGAUGGAUGGAUCUGUGAAUUAAUGUGUGUGCGUUGGUUUGUUGGUUUGGUUCUCGACCAGGCAGCAGGUGUGGUCUCUCCACUGCCUCCUCACCCAGCAGGCGUCCAUCUUCACCCACCCAGAUGAUGGCGAAGACGACGACGAUGAAGGACCAGACCUUAGCGGCUCCCCCCCGCGCCCUUCCUCGCCAUGUCGGUCGGCCCCCCUCCCCUCCUCACCUGUGUCCAUCUUGCCGCUCGCCGAGCCAUCACGCUCACUCUCCCCCUCUAUGGAGAGGCCCCGAGCAGCACAACGGCAAGGCGAGACGGAGAGGGAGAGGGAGAGGGAGAGGCGGGCAUUCAAUCCGCUGGAGGACCUCGAGCAUCAGCCAGGUGGGUGGCGCGUCAAGGCGGAUACGGUGUGAUGACGUCACGUGUGGAUGUGUGUGUGUGUGUGUGUGUGUAGAUCCGACACCUGAUGUUGCGAGGGGUGUGGCGGAGAUCUUACACACCAUUAGGGCAUGCAGAGACGGUGGGGACUGCAGUGGGGAGGGGCAGUGGGGAGGAUGCGCUCAACUUGAUGCACGCAGCGCUGGUUUGAUUUGGUGUGUGGUGCUGUGCUGUGUCUUGUGUGUUGUGUGUCAGGUCUUCAGCGAUUGGGUGAGAGGUACCAGGCGGCAUAUCUAGAGGCCACAGACAACUCACAAGUAAAGGCACACACACUACAAACCAACACCCAACACCUCAUUGUGUGCCUGCCCUGCACAGGCCCAUUCCAGAGCGUCAAACGCGCUCAUGAUGCACCACUGCCUCUCGCGCAUCGUCGACAGACACACGGCCACCCAUCGAAGAGAUGCACUCGGGCGGCUGCUCGCCUGUCGCGACGCACACCGCACUCAGCAGAGGCGGCAGGCGCGCGACCACCGCAACACGGCCGCUGCCCUGCGGAUGGCGCAGCGGGGCGUCAUGAGGCGAGCCUGGCGCACCUGGAUGGCCGCAAGGGCGACACACGGACGGCAGAGGGACGCUAUGAGACGAAUGGGUGAGCAGCCGACCACACGACGACGACACCGAUCCACACGCGCACAGGCACUGUGUGUUGUGUGUGUGCAGGUACAUGGCUGUUGCAUCGUCGCGUCACUCAUGCCUUCUGCGUGUGGCGUUUGGCGGUGCUGCGGGUGGCACAGGGAGAGGGCGUCCAGGAGAGGGCCGCUGUGCGACGGACCGAGGGGAUGCGGCUCGUCAGACACCUAGUGCGCAACAGAGAGGAGAGGACACUGCGGCUGGUGAGGGGACACAAUGUCAGUCAGUCACAACUUGGCUAGGUAGGUACCAAUUUAUAUGUUCAUCGAUCAGGCGUUCGAGCAUUGGUUCCGCUGCACCCUCCUGCAGAAGUUCGACAGGUAAGUCAAAAAAGUCAGCCACACACAUACACAACACAACACAACACAAGGCAUCACCUUCGCUCCACUCUCUCAUCUCAUUCCCCGUUCUGUGUCGUGUCAGGCUGUUCACGUCCUUCAGCGCCAUCCGCCUCAUCCACGCCAUCACAAACGCCACCAAACGCGCCGCCGCACGCUCAGGCACCGCAGCCAUCGACGCCAUGCGCAGGAGGGCCGCAAUGCACCGAGCAGCAGCCGCGACAGCUGAGGGGCAGAUGGCCCGGGAGCAGCAGGCGGGCAGGGCGCAUCUGCGGGCGGUGAAGGGCCGGGUGUUCCGGGCCUGGAGGCAAGUGUUUGUCGCGAUAAGGAGGAGGCAGCGGGAGCAGUUGAUGAGGAUCGGUCGGUGAGAGAAGAAGUCAAUCCGUUGACGCAUUCAUUUGGGGGCGUCGUGUGGUGUGUUGUGUGCGCAGGUGGUUUGUUGUGCCGGGCGGUUCUGCGCGGUGCCAUUCAUCGAAUGGCUUCUGGUGCCCAUAGAGUGGAGAGCGCGGAGUCCGCAGACCGCCUGCGGGCGGCGCGGCAGCGUGACGGUGCCCGGCUGCUGUUUGGGAGCAUCCAGCGCAUCCACCAUGACACCGUCAGACAGGUGAGGUGACGCCAAAAGACAUCUGUCUGUUCUCUUGUGUGUUGUGUGUGCUGUGUUGUCUGUCUGCUCAUGAUAUGGUGCCUGACCUCUCCUGUCUGUGUCUUUAUCGCAGAUCCUUCAGCUCAGCAGACGUCAGCUACUCCGAGAGAAGAGAGCCAAAAGGUUCCCACACACAUACACACAUACACGAUUCGCACCAUCCCUCUCUCCCUCUCCCUCUGCCCCUGUCUCUUUGUCCCUCAGUCUCUCCGCCCUCCUUCACGCGGCCUACCUCUCCCGCACCCGCGCAGCCCUCCAAGCGCUCCACCUGCACAUGUCGCGGCGCAGGAAUGCAUCCCUAGUCUCGAUGGACCGCCGGAUGAGCCUCACAGAGGGGCAGCGAGCGGCCAGGGCGUGGCGAGUGGCGGCGCUGAGGCGGGCCUUCGGUGGCUGGGUGGAGGCGGUGCACAGGGGCAGACGGCAGAGAGACAAAAUCCGCAAAAUCGGUGGGAAAAAAACAGAGAGAGAGAGAGAGGUGGCGCGAGAGUGUGUGUUUGUGUGUGUGUGUGUGGUGCAGUUGGUGUGUUGUAUCGGCGUGUUGUGCGUGACGGGUUCCGGCGAUGGGUGGCGGCUGCUCGGUGCGUGGGGGCGCAGCGGGCUGGGCUGACGCGGCUGUGCCGGCAGACGCUCAUACGGAUGCACCAGUCGAGGAUGGAACAGGUUAUAGCAAAUGGUGUCACAGACGUGCUCGAAUGAAUGCAUAUGUCUCUUCCUCCUACGCAGGCCUUCACCGCCCUCAGGACACACGCGCAACGAGCCCAUCUCAGCAACAGGUACCUACACUCAUCCAUCCAUCCAUCCAUCCAUUGUUUGGCCUCCCCCCUUCUGUCCAUCCCGUCAGGCUCAUCCGCAUGGCCCGCACCACGUCAGCGUGUCGCCAGCUCGCCCACACCCUCACAGCCAUCUCGCGGCACCGGCUGGUGGCCCCCGCAUGGGCACACAUCAAGACACACGUCAUGGCGCACAGACGGGCGCACCGGGCGGCGGGGAAGCACCGUGUUCGUGUGGCGAAGCGGGCCGUGUGGUCGGCAUGGCUGAGAUACCUCUCCCUCACACACGCGCAGAAAGCCCAGCUGACACGAUUGCGUACGCAGAUAUGGAGAGUGACACGCUUAGGUGUUUAUGCGUCUCUGUUCCUCUCUCUCUCUCUCUCUGUGUGUGUGUGUGUGUGUGUGUGUGCAGACAAUGUCUGUGUGCGUCGGCUGCUGCGAGUGGGGAUGGGAGGCAUGACGACGGCAGCACGUGCGCGUGAGGCGCAGGUGCUGCAUGAGCACGUGGCCGUUGGGAGGAGGGCGCGUGGCGGGGAGAGGCUGGCCAAUUUGCUGCGGCAGCGCUACAGGACACGACUGCUGCAGGUGGGUGACCGAGGGCUCCAGACGGACCUGGACAGAAUGGCUCGUUCGCUUGUUCCCUUUCUGUCCGCAGGCCAUCUCUCAGUGGCAAGAAGCGUCCAGGUACCCAUCCACACGCACACAAACCGCACACAGCCGUCCAUCCACUUGUGUGUAUGAUACCAGGACUGCCCUCCACGCCCACACCGCCCGACUCGUCGACAGGGUGGCCCGCAUGGGCGUCAACGUGAGCGGCCGGGUGGCCAUGGACCGACAAAGGGCGCUCGCCCGCGAGACCUUCAUCGCAUGGCGGGACCACACUCGGCUCACUCGGCAGAGGAGACAGGCCCUCGAACGGCUGGGUGAGCCGACCAUGCCAGCCUCGACCUCUCCGUCUGACUGACUGGAUGCACCCGUGAGUGGAUGUGUUGUGUUGUGUUGUGUGCAGGUCGUGUGUGUCGCCGCGUGUUGCACCGGGCCUGGUGGGGCUUCCGUGCCAAUGGGUACGGGUGUCUGGCGGGCCGGCUGACCUCUCGUGUCGCGGCCGUCCUGCACGAGGCGCAGGCCAAGGACACAAUGGUGCGGCGGGGGAUGGCUGUGAGGGCACUGUCGCAGGCAAUCAUGAGAUGCAGACGGAAUAUCACACGAGCGGUGCGUGGGGUCGAUAUGCACACACUGCACUGCACACCGUACCCAGACAGGUGAGCGUGGGCAAGUGGUUGGUUGUGUGUGUGCGUGUGCCUCUCCUCAGAGUUUUGACGUCUGGUACACGCAGCGCCUCCGCAUCAGCAUGCUCACGUAAGCCUAACUGCGGGCAGGACGGUCGAGAAAUUGCCGUGUGGUGUGCCUGAUUUGUCAAACAGGCAAGGCGAGUUGCUGGUGCGCCUGGGUGCGGACAUGCAGACGUGGCAGCAGCGGGCCUCCGACGCAGAGAGGGCGCUGCAGGAGAGCCUCCCCAUCGCACAGGCCAUCCACUCUCUCGCACAGCCCACAUUGCCGGCGGCAGAUGAUGAUACUGAUGGUGGUGGUGGACACAUAGUAGCACUGCGUGAGGGGCGGCCUCCCUCGCCCCCUCCCCCGGCAGGCCGCCCAGGCGGCCGUGUAGAAUACGUGCACUGAGAGAGAGAGAGAGAUUCUGUGUUGGGUGUGUCGAUACGUGAGUGAGUGCGAGACAGCAAGACGCAACCAACGCGC